ACAAACUCUGCGCAGGCGGUAGAGCUGUAGAAGAGGUGUCCAAACGUGUGUUAGCUUGGCUGUGCCAACCCAACCACGCCGCUACUACUUACUGCUUGCGAGGAGAAGGGCCCAUCUCGUGCACCGUCACGCCAUUGGUCAAACCCUUUAUGUGAAGCGCUAUAUAAAUACUCCCAAGCAUUCACUCCUGUUCAUGAGGGCCGCCCUCCCACAUCUUAAAGCCCCACCAAACUGGCCACAUCCCACGCAUGCUCGGCCUUAAUCCUCAGACGGCAUCAAUCCAUCAUCGACAUCGACGUCCUUCGAUGUCUGUAAGCCUUGAGAAGACGCAGCUGUAGCAGUCUCAGGUUUACUAUAGAUUCCACUGAUAGCGUACUUGUCGCUGCAGAGCUCCUCUCUCCUCUUUCUAUAAAAAGCUGCAGCAGAUUGGCUGUUGGCGUCGUCGAGUUACUUCGCAUGUCAGAGAACCUCUUCUUUCCCUUGAUGGAGAGCAGCGGUCCGUGCCUCUUGUGCGACGAGGAGCCCUUCCUUGUUAGUCCCACACCAUCACCGAGACGUUCUUCUUCACCUCCACCCAACGCCGACGAAGACCGAGAUAACAGCCUGCGUGAUCUCCUGGAGAGGGAGCAUCAGUAUGCGCCCCGACGUGGCUACUUAGCUUACCUGCGGCAGUCUUCCAAUCUCUCCGCUGCAAGAACCAGAGCAGUACGAUACAUCGCACAGGUUUGCAGCCGGUUAAACCUGGCUACCGGCACCGCCUUCAGCGCUGUGAACUACCUCGAUCGAUUCAUCUCCAUGAACUGUGUCAUGAGGUGGGAAGAGUGGAUGGUGGACCUGUUAUCGGUCGCCUGCCUCUCCAUUGCUUCCAAGAUGGACGAGGUCUCCAUUCCUUCGUGGUAUGAUCUCCAGAUGGAGGACCUGAGCCAUUCGUUUGGGGCGAGCACGAUCCAAGAGAUGGAAUUGAUGGUCCUCGAGAGGCUGGACUGGCGGCUCGCAUGCAUCACGCCCUUGUCGUACGUGGAAGUCCUGACGUGGGGUUCGGAGCACACACGCACUCCGUGCAUUGCUCGCACGAUCGAGCUCCUCCUCUGCGCUUUAUCAGAGAGCGAAUUCCUCCGUUUUGAUCCGUCGAGCGUGGCAGUGUCGGCUCUCAAAACCAUCGCAGGAAGCGAAGCCGGCUUCUUCUUCUCCAUGCUCCCCUUCUUGAUUCCUCUGCAACACACGGGGGAGGUUAAUGGAUGCCAGAAGAUGAUGGAUGAGCUCUCCAUACGCACGCAUUCUGUGGUUUACUUGAGAACGGCUCAGUGCGUUCCUCAUGUAGCAGAAGCAGACCCAAAUUGAAAGAAGCAGAAGAGGGAAGAGAAGCAGAGAUCCAACACAAGAAA